AUCACAAAUUACCCAUAAAUCCGCGCGUUUUAUUUACGUUUCGCGAGGCAGUUGACACAUACAAUGUGAGCCUAAACAUAGCUACCGACCCGACUCGAUCCGAUCCAACGAACAGUCAUUAUUGUAAAAGCCUAUAUAAUUCCUCAGCCAGCAAACUUGCAAGCUCUAACACAAACACGCACAAGAAUCAAUCAGGGGGGAAAACAAAUCAAGAUUUCUUCUAUUCUUCACUUGUAUUGCACACCCAUAACCAUGUCUCAGACUGUUGUGCUUAAGGUUGGUAUGUCAUGUGAAGGUUGUGUUGGGGCUGUGAAGAGGGUUUUGGGAAAAAUGGAAGGUGUGGAAUCUUAUGACAUUGAUUUGAAGGAGCAAAAGGUUACAGUGAAAGGAAACGUGCAGCCAGAGGCAGUUCUUCAGACUGUUUCAAAGACUGGGAAGAAGACUUCCUUCUGGGAAGCAGAGGCACCUGCAGAGCCCGAAACAAAGCCUGCAGAAACUGUGGCUGUUGCUUGAUGUUAAUUCAUAUGCUUUAUGAACUAGUACUUCAAUGGAUCAUAGAUGGUCAAACUUAAUAUUUGCUGUGAUGUAUUUUGCCAUAAUUUAGCACCCUUAUGCGACACUUGGUUGUAAGCUACAAUAAUAACUUGGAAGCACUCUUAGGGCUGUGUGUAUUGUUAUUAAUAGAAAAUGUGCUUUAUGGUCGUA